AUGAUUCCCCUCGAUGCUCCUGGGCCUUACAACCCGUUUAACUCUUCGCCUUCCACCCCAUACGUUCCCCGUGAUCUUGACUAUUACCAACACGCUUUCGAGGAACUCGAAGAAGACGAUACUCAUCUUGUCACAGAUUCAAAUGAGGAAAGAGCGAUAUCAUCACUCCCUACCAUCAUUCAUCAAGAUCCACUUCCUGAUCAAGCUGAAAGACCAAUCAUACGAUUACCAUUAAGAGAUCGAAUUACUUUUAAGACCAUCCCUACCGAACCAAGGUUAGAUAGAUGGAGAUCUACACCUUCUCUUUCUUUCGGUUCUUCCACUUCGUCAGAGCAGAUAACGCACGGACCAUCAAGAGGGUGGAAUCGAGCUAAUUCCCGGAUCGCCCCACCUGAACAUCUCGAGCUUGGGACUGACCCAAAGUCCACAUAUCGUGCACGUAAUGACGAUGGGAAUGGUCAUGAAGAACAGAAAGAGAUAUUUGAAUUGAGAAUGGAAGUUCAGGUUUUAAAGUUUAAGAUUCGUUCGAUGAAUGAACAUGCGGACCAUUUAAUUUCCUCCCGAUCACCUUCAUUCGUCUCUCAAGCCCUUGCACGGUUAUGUGGCGUAUUUUCACCUUCGCGGCUAUUUCAUACUGCCAUUCACAAUCUGGCAUUCGCUGUAGGAUCACCUAAUCCCAAUCCAUGGUAUACCGACUCCGCUUUGUUGGACGAGUCAUUCUCGAGGUCCCUUCGAAUAGUUUUAGCUGAAUAUGAUGCUAUUGAAACCCUCUCGCUUGCGAUACAGCCUAAUCCAAAGGAUGCAGCCUCGAUAACAAAAUAUACACCACCUGAUGUUUUGUGGGUUUUGGUCCAGACUGCGGAUGAGAAACUACUCGAUAGCCUCGCAAGAACCAUCCAAGUUAAUUUGGAUAGUUGCAAGUCUACCCAACGUGGCGUUAUCUUGAGUCUGCUGUAUAACAAAGUGGAGGAAACCAGAUCAACCAUCUCUGAAGGGUGGAAAUCAUGGUCUGAAAGUGUCGGUUUACUGUUUGCUCAAAAUCGCUGGGUAUUGCACGAUAAUUGUGGUGAUAUCACACGAGUUACCUGGAAGGAGAUCACUUGGGCGAUGAGCAGUCUGACGAGGAAGAGGAAAAGAGAUAGGGAGAAUGAAGAUGAAGAAGAAAUCCAACAUCGAAAUUGGGGACAUAAGAGGAAGAGAUGGGAUCAAGGUCUCUUUGCCCUUGCCCAUUUGAACAAUCGCGGACAUGGGCGAGGAGGUCGGAGAGGGCAAGCCAGAAAGUACGGUAGAGUACGAUUGAAUAGUAGUGAUAGAGGUAGAAGAUUGGGUGAUAGCAUAUUCAGAGGUGGGCUGAGGUGGGACAGAUAA